AUGACUAAGGACGCGAACGUCGCGAAGGGUCACGAGAACUUGGCAAACGACCGUGACACACAAAAGAAAAUCAGAGGUCCCAUCGAAGACAUCACUGUGCGCCUGAAAGAUGUGGCCGCCGAUAUUGCAGGUCUAUUCAUGAGAAUCGAGACCCUAGAGGAGUCACAAAACAAUGCCUACAAUGUGAAAGGCCCCAUCCAGAGUGCAGAGGCGAACGAAGAUGAGGCAGUGCUCAAAGAAGGACAGAUGAAGACUGCCAAGAUGGCAGUCGACCUCAAGGAGCGCCCGCCGAUCACAGAUAAAGACCGUCGCCUUCGUACGUACAUUGAAGUUAGAGAGGAGGCCUUGAUCGAUAGUCAACUGGGCUGGAGACAAGUGAACUUGACGGAGAGGACGCCUUAUGCGCAGAGGCAGGCUUUCCGUUACGAUACACAUAUGAACGGCAACAUUGUGUUCUCGGUCUUUCAGGAAUCAUCCAAACUCUACGAUGAUAUAUGCAAACUUUGCGAUCCAGCACAUUACGGAACAGUGAAUGAGCGCGAGGGUCGACUCGAGAUUGCAGAUAUUUAUCCCUUGCUACACGCCCAUGAGAAGCUUGAGAGAAAGAUGGAGAGUAUGCCGCCGGACCACCCCCAGCGGGAGGAGCUUCUUGCCUUGUUGCAGCUAUUUGAGGAACAGGAUGGACAGCUUACUCACCUUUCGCGCGCGCGAAAGCGACAUGAAGAGAUGCUGAAGUCAAAACGGUGGGACUGGAAGAGUCUGAAAGGCUUGUUCCACAUAAAUCAGCUUGUCGUAUUUCGAGAACUGCGCGACGAGUGGGCAGUAGCUCGCGUCGUCACUCUGUCAUCAAAUGAGGAUUCCGAACACAGUGUCAUCUUUCAUGGGGUAAGGCUGGAGUUGGAAUGCGAAGCUAUCGACUUUGACGGCAAGGGUUUUCGAACUCAUGUGUACAGAAAGCAUAUCCCCCAAUUUUCAGGAACGAUGAACACCACCGAGCUGCCGGUAUAUCCCCUCGAGAACUGCCCAGAUAAGGACAGAAUUGAGGCAGACUCUCGCAGGUCGGGGCAAGCAUGGUUAAACUUACAUGUGAAGCUACUCGAACAUGGACAGCCCGAUGUCGCGGUCCGCCAGUACGAAGGCUAUUGUGAGACGUUUGGCAAAGACGCCAAAGACGACGAAAAUGGUGGCAAGGGUAGUGCGCUCGCUGGUCGGGUCAUUGUCGACCCCGCAAGAUAUCCCGACCGACUUUUACGUUUCACCGAAGACAACGUGGAUCCAUUCAAGUCCGACGACAGAAAACAAGAGAACCUACUUCUGUGUCCAGAGCAGAUCCUUGUCCACAGUCUCAGCGAUAAUGAAUGGUAUUACGUGGCGAUGUCGAGAUUAGAAGAACCCAAAUUGGAUGAUAAAGCUUGGGACCGCCUUGUCAAACCCAACUCCACCAAUGGGCAGGUCGAGAAGUCGAUCGAAAGAAUCCGGUUGCUCGCUGAGGCCCACAAGGAAUUGCAAAAGUUCAAUGAAGGUAAUGGACAAGAAGUUACUAGGGCGAAGGACAACAUGAACAACUUCAAAGGGAAGGGAAAAGGGUUGACAUUUCUUCUGCAUGGAAGUCCAGGUGUGGGGAAGACCAUGUUGGCAGAGUGCCUGUCAGAACUCCAGGAAAGGCCAUUGUACAGGAUCAAUCUAGGAAACUUGGUUGGAGACGAUCGGUGGGAAUCUAGGAUUGAGGAGAUAUUUCGACAAGCGCACCGCUGGAACGCGAUACUCCUCGUCGAUGAGGCCGAAGUUAUUUUAGCUGAGAGAACGCAAGAAAACAUGAAGCAGAGUGCCUGGGUUGCUGAUCCAGCAUUCAUCUCCCGGGUGAAUCUCGGAAUCAAAAUACCUGACCUAGAUCGUGGCACCCGUUUGAGUAUUUGGAGGAAUGUGCUUGGAGAGAAGAUCAAUAAAGCUGGAAAGCUCUUGAAAAACCAGAACCUGAUGAAGAAGUGGGCGGGGGAGGACCUGAACGGAAGGCAAAUUCGGAAUGUGGUGUUUUCGGCCCGUCUCAUGGCCUCGGGUGACAUGCAGGAGGAACACAUAUCGGAUGCCCUUGAAGACGUCGUGACCUUCAAGAGUAUGAUUGAUGAGGAGAAAGUGGCAAUGGAAAAGAAUUACAUGUCCGCGUGGACUUAG